AGAUUUACAAGUGUUACCAAUUAUAAACAAAUAAACGAAAUUUUUUUUCUAUUUUAAAAAAAAAUUUCGAAGUCUUUAAAAUGGGAGACAUUGAAAUAAUUCAUGUUACAACUCAAGAAGAAAAGGAAAAAUGCCUUCAAGUGAGAAAAGAAGUAUUCGUUAAAGAACAAAGUUGUCCUAUUGAGGAAGAAAUUGAUGAACAUGACUCAUCAUUAAAUUGUAAUCAUUUUUUAGCACUAAAGAAUACACAACCAAUUGGUACAUUAAGAAUAUACCCUUAUGAUGAUAAUACACCAAAAAUUGCUAAAAUUGGACGAUUAUCAGUUUUAAAAGAGUAUAGAGGAAAAGGGAUAGGAGCUUUAUUAUUAAAUAAAGCAGAAUCAUUUGCUAGAUCACAAUUAGGUUAUGAAAAAUGUAUUCUUCAUGCACAAAAAUAUAAAUCAUCAUGGUAUGAAAACAGAGGAUAUAAGGUGUUGAGCGAUGAAAUUUUUUAUGAAGCUGGGAUAGAACACGUUAAAAUGGGAAAAGAUUUUUAAUUACUAUCAAACUCUGCAAAACGAACUGUUCGAUACUUCGACAUAUCGAACGAUUCGUAAACGGAAUUAUAUAUCGUUAUUAUAUAAAAGAAAAAUCAUUGAUCUGAUGAUAAUCAAUUUUCAUGAUAAUCUGCUACAUGAAACAGUAUAUAAGAAAUUGGCCCAUUACAUGGGUUCCCUGUUGAAUAAUUUUUAGAUGAUAUUUUAUCCGAGGUAGGUUAAAAAUGAAUCCGCUCUAUCUUCUAAAAAAAAAUUCUCUAAGUUGGCUUUCACAAUACGUUAAUAAAUUUGUUAUAGUUUCCAUUUAAUAUUUUUUACUUUUAGCAUUCAAUUAUAUUAUGUUUA